CCAAUUCCAUUGCGGCAGUGGAAUGCAAUACGCGUAAAACUCUCCGAACUUUACUUCCAGUAAAUCAAGGUUUUCGGGUUUUGCAAAUGGUCCGCUGCAUCGGUGGACCAGUUUGAGCAGACAACCACGCUACCUGCAGGCUGCGCAUGGCGUUCAUGAAAUCGCCGCCUGCGCACGGCUGCAGCGGUACGCAGACACGCAGCCCGCGUGCGGUUGGGUAUGCUUCGAUUGAAACUGUGAUGGCAGCUACGUGAAUCGAACCGUGCUGCUGCACCCCUCCGUCGUUUUGGACCCGCGGUACCUUUUGGUUUUAGACGGAUUUGGGUUUCUGUUCUGUUCUUUGCUUCUCAAAAGACUUCUCAUUUUAAAAAGCAUUUUUUUCUGUUCUAGAAAAUGUAGUUACUGUAACUUCUCUGGGGAUGAAGCAAAGCCAGUCUAUCGCCUUCACCUAAUUAAUACUUUGACCAAAACCGAUCAUCCUUCUCCACUGCAACCAGUCAAGCCGUUUAAUGAUUUGAUAUCGGUAAAUAAUUCGAGCAAACAUUAAACAAUCUGUAAAGUGCGCAUAUUUCAGAGAAUUGAUCACCAUAUAAGCUCAGCCGGCAUUUCCUAUCAUAAUUUUUUGUUCAUCAUGACCGAAACCGACUACAGUGCGUUCAGUGCCGUUCACUGAGUUUUCACAAGAAGCUCGCCCACCUUCUUCUGGUAAAUUGUUUAAUUAUUUGGUCAGACCGCAGUAUCUCUAAGCCUUCGUGGUUGGUAAUCCCCUCCUGACUACAAGCUGCGACCACUGCAACAGUAUGUGGAAUACGGGUGCGCGAAAGUUCGUCAGCUGCACGUUGCGGAAGUCCGUUAUACUUGGAUUGGAAUACACGGAAGACCUAUUACAAAAACGGCGUACAAAAUUCUCCAACCAAAAUCUACAAAGAAGAUCACUCACAGAGACAAUUGGUCAUAUGUACGAGGGCCCUUUCAUAAGUUUUAGUCUUUGCUGCACGGUUUUGAACUAAAUCAAAUUUACUUUUUCGAAUCCAUAAAAUCUACUUCUCUACUCUGUCUGCACUGCAGGCAUCUGCUCCCCAUUUCUUGAAACGAAUUCAGAGAAAAAUGACGCGGUAAAGAGGAGAUCGACCCAUAAAAAUUCUGUUUCUCUUCUUUUUAUGCUUUUUGCUCUUAGACAUCUAAUACUGCAUUUAAAGUGAAAAUUAUUUUGAACUAGUAGAAGGCUAGGCUAUGUUGAUAAAAUGGCUGCGUCAAGAUAUUCUUGCGUGAUGUUGCAAAACAAAUGAGCGAAAGGACGAAAAGUAUAGGUGCGUGCUAUCUUGGGGUUGCCCCGUACGGAGGCUAUACCGUGUCAAAGUCAAUCUUCUCCAAGCUUAUCUGCGAGGAGUUGCAGCGAUUCCUCGAAACCAUUGCUUCCUAAAUGUUUAGUCCCUCUACUACUGCUUUCAUGGUUCAACGAGAUUAUUAUUGUUCGUGCCUUCGUGGCUGUUUUACAAGAGACGUUGUCCAGAUGUAAACAUUAAAGUAUGGUUCCUCAAUUCCCUGGCCUACGUCACAGAAGAUUGCCCAGCUCGAAAUAGCUUAACCAGUCCACAAACGUUAGAACGUGAUGGCAAUGAAUCAAGGAAAAGAAUAAAUAAUUCGCCAAGAAAUAAAACUCCAGUGUUCUUUUCUAGCAAUUUCUUGAAAUAUGUAAAGAAAAUCCGCGGUCGGUAAAAUGUUAACUCAUUAUUGACGCGAGGCAUUUUGAGCCUGGGUACCAAAUACCAAUGCACGAACGGAUGCCAGUCGCCAGCCGUGGGCGGUAUCACCUCGGCCAUUGCCCUAUGAUCUAGUUAUGAAUGCUACACUUUUUGAACAAUCAGAUCAUAAUUUUAUUAAUUUUGGUUCGUAUCAAAGGCUAAAACUUAUGAAAGGGCCCUCGUAUUAGUAUUUCUUGUCACUUAAAACAAGGUUGUCAAACGUACCCAGGUAUAAAAUGCCUUUGAAAAUAGAGAAACUCACCUGUUGUUGAUAAAGCUCAUCAGCAACAGCGGCCAGUUCCCCCAAAAUUUUUAAGCUGCGGGCUAUAGCCACCCACGUCUGAUUUCGUGAGAGCCUGCAAAAGUAUCUCGACACACAGGAAAGCAGGUUACCGGUACAAAACUUGCCAUUUUUAAUUUUCGGCAAAUACGCAAGUGCGAUAAAGUAGUGAUAAAAAAGUUCGCAUGCAGGAACUACUUGUUGCCUGUUGGAUAUGCUAUAUAAAAAUGCAUUUCUAAUUUUCUGCGUACAUCGGCAGGAACGGCACGACUGAGUGACAAUCAAAUCAAACUGCAAAUAAAAUGAUAAAGCUUUUCGACCCUGCUGCGCAUUUGCCAACGUAAAUAAAUUUUAGCACUGCAGACUUACGGAAUAUGAGGCAACUAUUCGGUUUUCCAUUUCCUGUCAUUAUGAUUAAACGAAGGACACAUACAGUGUUUUUUAGGAAGGACACAUACAGAUACAGGUAUUUUACAUAAAUUUGUCAUUUCACCGCAAUGGAAGAACCAGAUAGUGCGUCAACCAUAGCCACGACGUACUCGAGCUGCUCCCCCACAAAGCCACUCGACAGCUUCACCAAUCCUCAUGCCCACACAUUCCCUGAUGUGCAGUCUUCUCGACCUCCGCCAAUCCACAAUAGGGAUCACGACCCUGCUGAUCCCUUCGCCAUUGCCACCUUCCCCUGGAUCGGACUGUCCAUCCGUGAUCACCAGCUGCUCAAGCGCCAUGCACAGCUCUUAUCCUCGGAGGACGUGCAUGAGGCGGAGGACGCCUGUCGCUUGCUCUUGGAUGUGUACAUCCAUGAUUUCCCCGCGGAGAUCUUCCUGCAACGCCCCGGAAUUCUGCAGGCAUUGUGCGCUUUAGUGGAGUCCAAGAAGGAGCCUCUCCCGUCGCAGGCUUUCGCCUGUUUGGAGGCUUUGUCCAGCCAGUUUGCUGUGAGGUUUCGCGAGGUAUCCAUGAGCAUGCUUGCGGAGGAGGCCAUUGAUCACGUGCAGCUUGGGGAUUGUAGUAUGUCGGUCCCACGUUCUAGUAGCAGCUUUCCUCGGUCAUCUUUUAAUGCCAUUUGGAGCGGUUCGCCGUCGUCGUCCGGUUCGUAUGGCAGUCGGUCGACCACAGCAUCGAGGUCUUCCGCUUCCUUGGAUGCGGUUUCAAUGGAAACUCCCGAAGAAACCUUGGAACUGCAGCUGCGCCAGCUAACGUUCCCGGUGUACCUGUGCGCUGUGAUCGAGUGCUGUCUGAACACUCUGGGCGAAACUCUCCCGUUGGGCAUCGCGCGUCCUCUGCUCCUUUUGGAUCUCACCUGCCGCCUCCUGCGCGUGGUCGUACAUCCCAGCCUGUGGGUGUCCCAGUCACCGAGCUCGCUGAAAGUGGCCGAGAAUGUCCUGCAUUCUCUGAAAGCAGCCGGCAACCGCAUUCUCUACCAUGCUACACAGACUGAACGCGGAAUGCACCACGUGCAGAAGUCCCGAUUGAUUUAUGUUGGUUUGGUAAAAGCCGUUUGCAUCUUACUGGAUAUCGUAUCCUUGUCCCACGUCGAUGUAUUCCCGCCACCCUUCAGAUCAUGUAUACCAUGGAUCUGCCAAGAUGAAUCUCUUGGGCUGUCUUAUCCAGCAAUUCGCGGUAAAUGUCUUCGUUACCUUGAAGCCCUUAACCCCAUCAGCUGUGAUGUUUACGUCUCUGCUGUGGACGUUUGCUCAGCCAUGACCGCCACCUGUGAUUUUCUCAGAGGCUUCGAUUCCAAAUGCCCAUCUGCCUUUCCCUCUCUUGCUCAGCGAGCGCUAAAAGGCAUUCCCUCCUUAGUGUUCCACCAGAGCAAUCAUUUCAUCGAAACCUGCUUUCAGCUGUGCUCCGCUGCCCUGGGAGCCCUCCCCGAGAAGUCUCGACCAUUUAUGAAGCUGGUGGUGCGGCUGCUGGCUUACCCCAAUACUGGUGUACGGAAACAGAUUUACGAAUCGUUGUUUAACUUUUGCGCUGGAAUUCUGAAUGUGGACAGCGCAGCGGAUCCCAACCGUGCACCUGGCCAGGAAGUAAUCUUUCUUUUGUCAACGGAGGUGUUGCGAGAAGUGGUUCUCUAUGGAUUAUUUCAGCAGGAAACAAGACUGUCGGCACAAAAUAUUUUAUCCUUAUUAAGCCAGAAGUUGUUGAUAAGGAAUAAUGCUGUUUGGAAUCGAUUAAAAACGGUCGCCAGGACGUUGUUUUGUGGCUUAUUCGUCCACGCUGAUUUAGAUUCGGAUUUUGGAAGGCGAAUAAUAUCCUGGGCCCAAUCCCAGCCCGAUGACGAGGCGUUGUUUGAUUCCGUUACGCGUCUUCGUGCCGCUUUCGUCCUGAUGUUCCAUCCCAACCGGUUGGUGCGCGGCCAGGGUGCCGAACUUAUCCUCAAGCGCAUCAAAACAACAGCUUACCUCCGUUUGCAUGGAGACACUCUUAAACCUGAUGUCCAACAUUCUUUCGAUGAUCUCCACGUGGAAGAGCCAUUCUCCACCGAGAGUUUGGAGCGGAGUAUGACAAUUUGGACGGAUACGCGGAUGGAUAUGACGGUGCGUUGGCCAGCAUUGCGGCAGAUCUUUUUACACUUGAGGAAGCCUGAAGCACAUCCCGCGUUCUAUGGCAUGCAUGGACCCGAUACCCUUGUUUCCAUGUUGCGAUUGAUACUGGAGAGAACUGAAUUAAACUACACACCCGAGAACUUGGUACUGUUGUUGGAAACAGUGCUCACAGUCCUGUUAUACAACGACAAAUGGCGAACAGAGAACGCCGCAAUUACUCAUAUCUACGAGUAUAUCUUGUGCGUUCUGUCCCUCAUACCGGUGGGCACUCCGAUGUGGAAUCAGCUGCAGUGCGCUGGAUCCAGUAUAAUUUUUCUCCUGACAUUUAGCGACAUGAUCAUUCGUCGCGAUGGAUCCCUCUCAAUCUGUUGCACAUUUUACCGGGCUGUCCUUAAUCCCUGCAAUAUGAUGUUUCAUGAUUUUCAUCAGAAGCAGUCCCAAGUUGGGUCAUCCUGUGAUCUCCUGCGUUCUCCUGUGGCGGAAAUGCUCGUUAUCCAUUGGAAUGUAUCAUUGGCUGGAGGCGUUACAUCGCUUUUGACAGAAGAAAAAGACGUGUGGAAUGUGGACUUUGCGCCGCGACUGACUAUAGAUGACCGUACUAAAUUGGUGCUGCGUACUACCCACCCGAUGUGGGGUUUUGUUGCGGCUGCGCGGAUGCUAGAGAGCGCCGGAAGCCAUGGCGCUGCAAUGGAGGCGUUGGAUGCUAUGAAAGUCUAUCAGAUCUUAUGGAGUUUUCUGCCAAUGACACAACAAACAGAGUUGCCGCAUUCCGUGGAAAGCGCCUUCCGGUACAUCUCGGUGUUGCCUCAUAACAGUUCAGACCUGCUGUUACUGAGCAGGAUCGCGGAUUUCGUGGCUGUGUCUGCUCAAAAGCACUCGAGAGCUGGUCGAAGUUCCCCAGCAGCAUGUUGGAUUCAUAGUCUGAUUGUGGAUUCUCGGAGCAUGUUUGUCGAAGCGGUGAGGAAGUCUAAUAAAGAACUGACGCUUUUGGCGACUGGGAAAACCAGUCUGCGAGUGCCGUACAUUGCCGCUUGUAAAGCGUUAAUGAAAUCUGCCUGGAAUCUUUUCGAACAUGUUUCCAGCGUGGUAGGUAGCGAUGAGUGGGAUAUGGCGCAGGUGUUGGAGGUGUUCAUAGAAACUUUGCGUGGUACUCUCAAUUCUCCGGUGCAGGAUUUUGGAGCGCUGGUUGCUUCGGAAAAAUGCGUGGCACUGUUUUGCAGCAAUCCCCUGGUGGCCAAGCAGCCGGAAUCCAUUUCAUUCGUACCCAGUGUCAUCUGUUGCCUUUCAACCAUUACACAGAACAACAGCGAGCCGAGUGUAUCUUUCCUUGGGCGGGCCAUAGUCCGCUCGGCUGCUUUGGCGCUUUUGAAUUUGGCUUGUUAUCAACUGGAAUACAACAUGUUCCCGGCAAUGCUAGAGUCCUGGAGAAGCCAGGAUGAAAAUUUUCUGUGGAUACUGCCUCUUUUUGCGCACCGUGACCCUGUUGUUAGAGCAGCGGCUUUGAGCACGGCAGCCGCUUUGUGCUCGUUCAGGGAAGGACGGGUGGCGAUGAUUAAUGCUGUUAAGUUUGUGCCCGGAGGAUUGUGGAAUACGGCGCUAAGCUUCGUCUUCAGUGAGGAUGAGCCGGAUUUAGUCAAGUACUCAGCCAUCAGACUGCUGACCGUCUUGCUUCAGUUGGAUGCUAAGCGCAGUGAUUUGGUCUUGCUGGAUGAUGAAAGCAACGUUGAACUGGAAGGGAACGAUGCCUUGUUCUCCAUGCUGGAUCGCUUAGAUUUUUAUCAAAUGAUCUUUCGAUUACUGCAGAAAUUUGGCGGCGCUAUUCAUAGUCGUACGCCCGGUGAAUAUUUGGUUGGAGCGGUGUUUAAUUUAUGUGCUACCAUUUUGCGCCGUUUGGGCAAGCGCUGUUUGGUGAAAUUUCAAGAAACACAGUUCUUCCAUGCGGCUCUUCAUGUCUGUUUUUUGGCUCGAAAAUUUGUUGAGGAUUCGCCGAAGAUCGUGGACAGAGUGGGGGUUUUCUGUGAUUUGUAUGCGCUAAUCAUUGUAGCAGCCGGCUUGGAGGAGAUCGUUACCAACGUCGUAGCCGAAAAUAUGCACACUGUGAGUGCUGCCUUCACCCUUUUGUCUACACCAGCCCCUGUCAGCCAUACACUGUGGCUGAACAUAUACACAGCCCUUUCUAUCUGCUUGCGCAAUCCUUCUGUGAAAGAAGCCGGGUGGAAAUAUAUAGAGGACCAGCACACAGCGUUAUUACACAACUCCAAGUACAUUUUGUCACUGGCAACAGUCGAACCGGACCACCAACGCUUGCAGAUCGCCUACCUAACAUUUGUCGAGUCCCUUACGGAACGCGAUCAACCGGAGGUGGACGAUUUUCUCUGGCGUGGUACGGAGACCAUCGGUAGCUUGGUGACCAGUUUUUUGGUGGGACAGUUCGCCCAGCCGGCCGCCUGGGAGGUGGCUGGAUGGAGUGAGUUGCUGAAGAGAUUGCUGCUCCGCUACGACGCAGUGCGACGAGUCGCCAUGGACAGCGGCCUCGUGGAAACGGUGAUUGAUGCGCUGCUGGAGAUGGAUUCUACCGUCUCCAAAGAUCUCCACGUGCAUUCACGCAAUGUCUUGAAGAGCAGGAUGACCGAGCCGGUGAAAACGUGUUUGGAGCUGCUGAUGAAUUUGUUGUUUGGGAAUGUGGAGGCCAAGCGACUGGCGGUGAAGAAAGGGCUGGCAUCAGUGCUGAUCAGUCUGUGGAUCACGAUUGUUUGUGACGUUGAGAGCUUGCAUAUAAUCUUCCUCAGACUGCUGUGUACUUUUGGAGCAGCGUGUCAGGAGUCGUUGGCGUCUUUUGUAAAAGAAUCCGACCAUUGUCACACGAUGCCGCUGACCCUCUUCCACGUGAUAAUCACGGAUUUGGAGGAACAACUAGCCCAACCGCUCCCCCACCCGGAUAUCACGCCGCUUCUCUUCGACCUCCUGGCCCAGAUGUCGCUCAAUCCGCAGUGCCGCGUCUUCAUCCGCAAAUCCAUCAGCAUCCAUCGUGCACUGCCAGCACCCACCACAACGCCCCGACGACCCAAAGCCAGCCAGGUGCUAGAUGCCAUGUGGCUGCAUGUACUGGCCAAUCUGUCGUUCUUUGACGACGGCCUGUUGUUAAUCUUGGCUAAAGAAGAUAUCUGCAGUAUACUGUUUGAUUAUCUGGAGGUGGACGGUUUAUUUAAGGAAGUGUACAUAUCCGCUAUGCUCAUACUACGGAAUGUUACGUUCUGCCGGAAGGGAAUGAUACGGCUGACAGGAGCGCGGGGUGUCCUGGCCAGACUGCUGAGAUUAAGCUCGCUGCACUCCGAACCCAAAGUUCGCGUAUACGCCUUAUCUUGUUUGUUGGAAGUGCUGCAUGACCAAGUGAAGCUUCGUCACGCUGCCAAAGCCAUCUGCUUUGAUGAGCUAUAUCACGCGCGUGCCGACGAUGAACCACAAAUGUUCCAGCUGCGUGCCCGCGUAUUAGCGUGUUUGGAUGAUCGACCAGGCGCUUCAUAUGAAGAAAGAUGACAAUAAUGGACGUUCGAUUGAGGAGAUCGCAGCUGCCGAGUCGGCACACGAAUGUCCUCAACCGAAGUCGCUAUUGUUUAUACUUUUGGGAUUAGUGUUAAAUAAGAUUGUUGUUUUUUCGAUGUUGCCAAUCGCAGUGUCAGUAUUGCUUUCUUUUUGGGCACCCUCCAUACUUUUAUUGGGAUGUAAGAAAAUUUGUUGAUGUCUUGUUUAUUGUUGCAGUUGUGGCGGGGCUUGCUUAAAAUAUCUUUUAACGUCAGUGUCGUAAAAAUCAAACAAGACAUGCAGAGUAACGUAAGUUUUACUGCAUUGAAUUCAACGAAAAUAAUAAG